GCUUCCAACGGAUGGCACAUUUAUAGUAAAAGCGUUAACUAAAGUUUUAUAAAUUCAAAGUGACUUUCUCUUUGCUGAAAAUAGUAAAAUAUUCAUAUGGGCUAACAUAGUAAAUGAUCUAAAAACAAAGUUAGUAUACUUGGUAGGAGUUAUAGGCAAAACUGAAGGGUUUGGCAAAGUGCACAAGGCCAGGAGAUGAAAUGAACGUCUCCUCGUACCCGUUCAGUUUGUGCCUGGUGAAAGUAACUGAACCAACGACAUCAUUCAAAUGGCUUCUGGAGAUGCUAUCAACUCCUUUGAUCAGGAUCUAUCAACCACGUCCAAUACUAAAACGGCAGACAAUUCAAAUUUUAUUAAAGAUGAUCAAAACAUUCAAUCUUCAAGUUCAGAUAUUAAUCAGCACCGCCAAUCUCGUUAUGGAAACAAAGGAGAUAAGGAGCGCAAGAUUGGUCAUCGGCGCGUUGGAGAAGGCGGGGAGAUCACCUAUAAAAAAAUUCAAACUAGCCAGAUAAUGGGCUCCAUCCAGUUGGGCAUUCAACAUACGGUCGGAAGCCUGGCAUCUAAACCGAAACGUGAUCUUCUAAUGAUGGACUUUUUCGAAAUUGAAAGUAUUACUUUCCCCCCAGAAGGAUCAAGCCUUACGCCAGCCCACCACUACAGUGAAUUCAGAUAUAAAAUUUAUGCGCCUAUUGCAUUUCGGUAUUUUAGGGAUUUGUUUGGAAUACAACCGGAUGAUUUUAUGAUGUCCAUGUGCUCAGCACCGUUGAGAGAGUUAUCCAACCCUGGUGCUUCUGGUUCUAUCUUUUAUUUGACGGCUGAUGAUGAAUUUAUAAUUAAAACUGUUCAACACAAAGAAGGAGAGUUUUUGCAAAAGCUUUUACCUGGAUACUACAUGAAUUUGAAUCAAAAUCCGCGUACAUUGUUGCCAAAAUUUUUUGGUCUUUACUGCCUACAGACAAGUACUAGUAAAAAUAUUCGAUUGGUUGUUAUGAACAAUCUCUUGCCAUCAUCAGUUAAAAUGCAUUUGAAAUAUGAUUUAAAGGGAUCGACAUUCAAGAGAAAAGCUUCAAAAGGGGAACGUUCAAAAAAAUCGCCGACUUAUAAAGAUCUUGAUUUUAUGGAGCAUCAUCCAAAUGGUUUGUUUCUAGAAGCCGAAACAUACAGCGCACUCAUAAAAACAAUUCAACGCGACUGUACAGUGCUGGAAUCGUUCAAGAUAAUGGAUUAUUCACUUUUAGUUGGAGUUCAUAAUUUGGAUCAGGCAAGCAAAGAAAAGAAAAGUGAAAGUAAAAAAUCAAAAGCUCCCAUAGCAGAGGAUUCCGAUUUUGAAGACAAUCCAGAUGGGGAUGGAGAAGCCGCUGGGGGAUCGGAAGGUCGCGACAGGGAAUCAUCAGUGAGCAUGAAUCGCAAUAAAUCAGCAAAUCGACAACGUUUAGUGGCGCAUUCUACAGCAAUGGAAAGCAUUCAAGCCGAGAGCGAGCCUAUAGACGAUGAAGACGAUGUUCCACCUGGUGGAAUUCCUGCCAGAAGUGAAAAAGGCGAACGUCUCCUUCUCUACAUCGGUAUAAUUGAUAUAUUACAGUCUUACAGAUUGAAGAAGAAACUUGAGCAUACUUUCAAGAGUAUUAUACACGAUGGGGACACUGUAUCAGUGUGCCGGCCAUCAUUUUAUGCUCAUAGAUUCCAAACCUUUAUGGCCAAAACUGUAUUUCGCAAAAUACCUUCGUUGGAUUUACCGGAAAUUAAAGGAAAUCAUAGAAAGUUUCGUACUUUGGUAACCAGUUACAUCGCACUCAAACACUCUCCUUCAAAAAGGAAAAGUUUAUCGAAAGCAAUACAGCGUUCUAUUGAAAAUGAGAGUGAAAAUCGCUCGGAAUGCGCCGUCGAACAUCGCCCAGCGUAUCCAUCGCACACUUCCGGCACUAAGGCGCACACACAAUCCAGUAAGCCGUCAGGUGGACUGAAGUCUUCUGGUACAGAUGUACCCACAUCAACUACAUCACUCGCUUCCACAACUGCCGUUGUUCCAAUGCUUGGUCCUCGAUUAUCUAUUCAACAUGCGGGCAGUGGUGCAUCAAAGUCUAAGGUCCCUCCACCUGUGCCACCAAGAGGUUCACCUCGGCGGAAGAAAAGCGAUGGUCAUAACGAAGUCGCACGCGGUGUUUCCAAUACAGGCUCAACACCUUCUUGCAGUUCAACGCCUCCACCCGCGUUUGAUGAUAUUUCUGAAGACAGUUCGAAUAGAAAUAGUUCGUCCUUUGGUAGAAAAUCGCAAUACUCUCACGAGCGUAAAAUGAAUGUCGGUCCAGCAUAUCGGGGCUCUCAAAAGGACGAUAUUGUCAGCAUUUCUGAAAUACACUUAGACACAUAUUUGGCUGUAGAUACUUCAUCCAGUAGUCAAUAUGGAUCUCGUGGAGGAUUGGCGUGGACACCACCAGCUUCUGGAGAGGGAUCAACACCGACUUGGACAGAAGGAACCCCAAGCUUUACAGAUUCCAGCUCCAGUGGUGAUAUUGAGAACUUCUCCCCAAUUAACACAUCAAAAACUGACCGACAUAAAGCAACUGUGGAAGACACACUAAACUCCCUUUCAUCGGAAAUGAUUCGAUAUUAACUAAAUAAGUAAUUCUGGACUGAAGGAACUUUUACAUUUGUGACAAAUAAUCACAAGGAGAUACAAUACUCGAGCGUGGGAUUGUGUACAAGCAGAAAUACUUAUGUUGAUUUGUACUUAGAGAGCUAACCAAUUUUUUAAAGAACAAACGCAAUGAGUAUUUGAAGUCUUAUUAAUAUUAUUAUUAAGGUUUACUAACCUUACACUUCAAGGAUGCCAGUGAUUACAAAAUAAGUUCAUAGCAGUACUACAGAUAAACUUACACACAUAUAUAAAUAUAUGCUAAAAUCCUAAAUACAAAUAUAUAAUACAAAUUGUGAACUGACGCGGAUAGAGUUAAAAUGUUUCAAACGCAUACAUAUACAUACACACAAAUAAUUAAAACACUAAUACUUAUUACCCGUGCUUAAAUCCAUGCUACAUCUUGCGUAACUCCCCUAAUCUUCCGCACUAUUCUUUUUUUUUUAUCAAUUUAUCUACUCUGAACUUUCCUCUUAAAAAGUAAGGAGCCGUCUCUAAUGUAUAGAUAAAUGGAAAUGCAAUAACAUUAAAUUGAUUUUGUAUUAGAGCAAUUCGUUUGUGUGUACAUGCAUACAUACAAAUCCCAAUAAAUCUCCUCAAUUGAGACUCCAUUUCAUUGAAAGAGUUAGUAUGUAAACUAAGAUAUAAACACCAUACAACAUAUCCGUAAGGACGGCAUGAACGAUCCAAAUACACAAGAGUUUCGGUUAUAUUUGUUAAUAUGGCCUUAAGGAACUCAUAGAGACUUUAACAGAAAUUUCUGCUAGAGUUAUGGGAUAGUUAACUAGUAACUUAACUGAUAUUUGGGUUGCUGUGAUGGGUAGGUAUAUGUACAUUCACAAAUGUAAUACUCUUAUACAAAAUUGUUUAAACAAAAAUGUAUGUACAUAAAUACAUCAAAAUCUUCGCAUAUAGUUCAUAUAUAAUAUAUGUAAAUGUAUAUAUAUAUCAUACAAUAUAGUCAUAAUAUCUAAGAAAACAAUAUGCUAAAUACCUACAAAUCCAAAUUCAGUUAAAUGCUUAAAAUUCUAUGUAUACUUGAUCAUACAUACAUAUGUAUAUCCUGUUUAAAUAUUAUAUAUAUAUUUA